CCCGACCUCCCUCCGCCCCGGGGAAACCCCACUUCGGGGCCCGAGUGACUCGGCCCGAGGGUUGGUGACGGCAACACAAAGUUGGGGGCCCGCGAGGAUGGGGCUGUCUCCCGCGCCCCCGCUGAGGCUCAGGCUGAUCCCGAGCCGGGCGCUGCUGGUCCUGGCGCUGCCGCUGGCCGCCGCGCUGGCCUUCUCCGACGAGACGCUGGACAAAGUGACCAAGUCGGAGGGUUACUGCAGCCGCAUCCUGCGCGCCCAGGGCACGCGGCGCGAGGGCUACACCGAGUUCAGCCUGCGCGUGGAGGGCGACCCCGACUUCUACAAGCCUGGCAGCAGCUACCGCGUGACGCUCUCAGCUGCUCCUCCCUCCUACUUCAGAGGAUUCACAUUGAUUGCUCUCAAAGAGAACCGAGAAGGUGACAAGGAAGAAGACCAUGCUGGCACCUUCCAGAUAAUAGAUGAAGAAGACACCCAGUUUAUGAGUAACUGCCCCGUUGCAGUCACAGAGAGCACCCCUCGGAGGAGGACACGAAUCCAGGUGUUUUGGAUAGCGCCACCCACAGGGGCAGGCUGCGUGAUUCUGAAGGCCAGCAUCGUACAGAAACGCAUUAUUUAUUUUCAAGAUGAGGGAUCUCUGACCAAGAAGCUUUGUGAACAAGAUCCCACACUGGAUGGGGUGACUGACCAGCCAAUCUUAGACUGCUGCGCCUGCGGAACUGCCAAGUACAGACUCACCUUUUAUGGGAACUGGUCGGAGAAGACACAUCCCAAGGAUUACCCUCGCCGAGCCAAUCACUGGUCUGCGAUCAUCGGUGGAUCCCACUCGAAGAACUACGUGCUGUGGGAGUAUGGAGGAUACGCCAGCGAGGGCGUCAAGCAGGUUGCAGAAUUGGGCUCACCAGUGAAAAUGGAGGAAGAAAUUCGACAACAGAGUGAUGAGGUCCUCACCGUCAUCAAAGCCAAAGCCCAGUGGCCCGCCUGGCAGCCUCUAAAUGUGAGGGCAGCCCCCUCGGCUGAGUUUUCAGUAGACAGGACGCGCCACUUGAUGUCCUUCCUGACCAUGAUGGGUCCCAGUCCCGACUGGAACGUGGGCUUAUCUGCGGAGGAUCUGUGCACGAGGGAGUGUGGCUGGGUCCAGAAGGUGGUGCAGGACUUGAUUCCCUGGGAUGCCGGCACUGACAGCGGGGUGACCUAUGAGUCAUCAAACAAGCCCACAAUUCCCCAGGAGAAAAUCCGGCCCCUGACCAGUCUGGACCAUCCUCAGAGUCCUUUCUACGACCCAGAGGGCGGAUCCAUCACUCAAGUAGCCAGAGUUGUCAUCGAGAGAAUUGCUCGGAAGGGGGAACAAUGCAACAUUGUGCCUGACAAUGUGGACGACAUUGUGGCUGACCUGGCCCCAGAAGAGAAAGAUGAAGACGACACCCCUGAAACCUGCAUCUACUCCAACUGGUCCCCAUGGUCGGCGUGCAGCUCGUCCACCUGUGAGAAAGGCAAGCGAAUGCGGCAGCGCAUGCUGAAGGCGCAGCUGGACCUCAGCGUCCCCUGCCCCGACACCCAGGACUUCCAGCCCUGCAUGGGCCCCGGCUGCAGCGAUGAAGAUGGCUCCACCUGCACCAUGUCCGAGUGGAUCACCUGGUCGCCCUGCAGCAUCUCUUGCGGCACGGGCAUGCGGUCCCGGGAGCGCUACGUGAAGCAGUUCCCGGAGGACGGCUCGGUGUGCACGCUGCCCACGGAGGAGACGGAGACGUGCGUGGUCAACGAGGAGUGCUCCCCCGGCAGCUGCCUGAUGACCGAAUGGGGCGAGUGGGACGAGUGCAGCGCCACCUGCGGGACGGGCAUGAAGAAGCGGCACCGCAUGGUCAAGAUGAGCCCUGCCCACGGCUCCUCGUGCAAGGCCGACACGUCGCAGGCCGAGAAGUGCAUGAUGCCGGAGUGCCACACCAUCCCAUGCUUGCUGUCGCCGUGGUCCGAGUGGAGUGACUGCAGUGUGACCUGUGGGAAGGGCAUGCGGACCCGCCAGCGCAUGCUCAAGUCUCUGGCGGAGCUGGGCGACUGUAAUGAGGAGCUGGAGCAGGUGGAGAAGUGCAUGCUGCCCGAGUGCCCCAUUGACUGUGAGCUCACCGAGUGGUCCCAGUGGUCAGAAUGCAACAAGUCAUGCGGGAAAGGUCACAUGAUUCGAACAAGGGUGAUCCAAAUGGAGCCUCAGUUCGGAGGUGCACCCUGCCCAGAGACUGUGCAGCGCAAGAAAUGCCGCCUCCGGAAAUGUCUUCGCAACCCAUCCAUCCAGAAGCUGCGCUGGAGGGAGGCCCGAGAGAGCCGGCGCAGUGAGCAGCUGAGGGAAGAGUUGGAUGGGGAGCAGUUCCCAGGCUGCCGGAUGCGCCCGUGGACGGCCUGGUCGGAAUGCACCAAGCUGUGUGGUGGAGGGAUUCAGGAGCGCUACAUGACUGUGAAGAGGAGGUUCAAAAGCUCCCAGUUCACCAGCUGCAAGGACAAGAAGGAGAUCAGAGCAUGCAACGUUCACCCUUGUUAGCAGGGAUCCAAGUUCCCAGGGGCUGCAUUCCAGAUUCCAGUCACCAAUGGCUGGCUGGUCCAUUUGCUUGUCUAAGAUAAUUUAAGUCGUGUCUACUAGUUUUCAUUUUUUCCAAUGUGGUUUGCCCAGUAGUCUUACGGAUGCCAGGGACGUCCUGUCUGAAUACCUCUUGGUGGGUAUAGGCCGAGCGGGGCACCCUGCUCCUCAGCGCCUCUCUUCCUGCAUGGCAGUGAGCGGUGUCAGCCACCUUGUACUGAGUGAAGGGUGUCCCUCUGGAGCAGCCCUGCUGGCCAGGCGGGACAGAGACCCCGCCACCUCUACAGGGAGAGGCAACUAUGUGUGUGGGUUCCAGAGCGCAGCCGGUAGAAACACCCAUCAGAUGGGGAGAACAGAUUCCCCCCCCUUCCUCAUCUUUGACAAAAAAACUUCUGUUUGUCCAUCUCUUUCCACUCAGCAGGACGCGAGGCCUCUUGUUAAAUCUCCCCAAUUAUUCUUGGGGAAACAGUCCAUCUGAACAGGAGCACUGAUGCUGGGCAGUUUUUAAUCUUACAGUAAGCAAUUUAAGUACACUUAUCUUACUUCCAAAUAUCGGUUCCUAAUUACCGCCCCCCCCCAAAGGAAAAUGGAUAGCUACUUUAUUUAAAUGGAAGGUAAAGUCCUUGUAGCAGAGAGUAAGGAUGCUAAAUAUCAAAAAAAAAAAAAAAAAUGUUAAGGGAAACCUGUGUUACCUUAACAGGUUACCUGUGUUUUAAAAAAAAUUUUUUUUUAGUGCUAUAAUUCUCCUACAUGAUGUUUGGCUAUGGUUCAUUUGGGAAUGGAUCUUUACUGGAAUCAAGACCCAAGCAGCAAAAUUGGCCUAAAUAUCCAGACUCGACUUACCCAAACUUUUGUUAAGUUUUCAAAUGUCUCUAACAAGAAAACAUUUAGCUAUGCAAAGUAUUUGCUAAGUCUGCUCAGUGGCCCACAAACUGUUUCCUCAACAAAAAUACUGUCUCUAUGCUUUGAAGUUAUUUUUAGUCAUAAAAUGUAUACUCAAGAGAGAGAACAUAUUUCAGUGACUAAAACAAAAUCUGAGAGAAAAGAUUACAGAAUCAAGCUUGUGCCCACUUUCCAUGGAGGACGCUGGCCCCCUGUGGACAGCAGGGGCUUCCGUGUCCUCCCAGGGCAUCAGCAGCACACCAAGCUCAGAGCCAGCUACCAACAAUCACAGUAAAAGGACGUUUUCUCACUUGUGAACCCAUGAGUAAUUUGCUCAUUCAUUUAUUUUUAAAAUUAUUGCUGCAUUUUUUUUGCAGGUAUUUUUCAUUACUGCUUAAUCCAAAUACACACUGUGGGCAUGAUGUAUACGAUGCUACCUUGAGAAUUUGCAUUGAACAUGUCAGGAUAUUUCUAAAAUGUAACAUAUAUGCUAUAGCCCCAGUAGGUAUGUUUCCUUAACACAAGAGAGCCUAAUCAAUAGAAAGCCUCACUGGGUCUGUCGUUAGUGUUUUGAAGCAAAUUAAGAUGAUUUGGUCUUUUCACAGUCAUUAUCCACCUCCACCGGUUCCAGGCCAGACAGCUUUUGCUCCCUCGUUAUAAAGGCUGGCAUUGCCAUAUCCCUGAGCUAUCUGCAGCUUAAAACUGUUUCCAACAUUAUUUUGUAAUUCUUUCAAUGAUUUGUUUUCUCCUUCAAAUGAGCAAAAAACAAUGAAAGAAGAGGCUUAAAUUUCCACCUGGGACCCAAAAAAGUCCUGAUGAGCAAUCUGCCUUCUUUUUGCAACGUCUUCCAAGCUUGAUUCACACUCGUUCUCAGCCCAUUGAAAAGCCCCUUGAGAUGGUUAUUCCUCAACUAAGACAAGCCCUGCUAGUUAGUCAUGCUUCUGUUUGGUCCCAUUUGGAUACAUUCUUAACCCUGAUUUCGGAGACUUAAGACCAGGUAACUGGCUAAUGGCUGAGAAUAAGAAACAUGCUUAUCUUGUGAGUGAGUUUUAUUUUUUGUUUGCAAUGGGAAUUUGUAAGUGUUGAAUCUCUUUCUUACCAAAGUCUUGUGUUAGGUGGUUUAUAGUUUUUUCUGGCUAACCAAUCAUUUUGGAAAUAAAGACUUUUUACUACAAAAAAAAAAAAAAAAAUGCCAUCUGUCUGGACUUCCACUUGAGAGACUCUAAGAAAAAGUUCCAUGCAGAGAAUGGCUGUGACUAUGUACUAUCAAUGCCAACCCAGCUGUAAUCAUAUUUACACACAUGUGUUAAGAUGCCAGCAUGAAGCUCAGAUCUUCCCAAUGAGAUUCUGGGUCACUUACCUGUCACCUUGCAAAUGCAUUUUAUUUGAAGGAAAUCUACUGUAGCAAAUGAGAAUAAAACCUGGGCUUCCUCAGACCCAGUGCUGAAAACCUGA